UUUCCCAGGGUGCUUUGCGGAGCGGGGGCCUCGCCCAAUGGCGUUACGUGAAGGGGGGCGGGGUCGAGGACGGGAGCUCGGUGGGGCCAUUGCCGUGUUCGCCGCCAACGGGGGCGGGUGUCGGAACCACAAGGAGGGACCGAACCGGGUCGGGAACCGGGUGGUGGAGGUGGAGGCUCAACCUGUGCCAGGGCGGCAGCAAUGGUGGGUGCUCAGCAGCUGGAGCUGGCUGCGGGCCGAGCAGCGCCCAGCACUGGGGAACACCCCUACGAGUGCUUGGAGUGCGGCAAAGCCUUCAGAUGGUCCUCACGCCUCGUCCACCACCAGCGCACCCACACAGGUGAGCGACCCUACAAGUGCUCCGAGUGCCCCAAAGCUUUCAAGGGCUCCUCGGCGCUGCUCUACCACCAACGCAGCCACACGGGUGAGCGGCCCUACAAGUGCUCUGAGUGUCCCAAAGCCUUCAAGCGCUCUUCGUUGCUGCAGAUCCAUCAGAGCGUGCACACGGGGCUGCGUGCCUUCAAGUGCGCGCUCUGCGGGCUGGCCUUCAAGUGGUCCUCGCAUUACCAGUACCACCUGCGGCAACAUACGGGUGAGCGGCCCUACAAGUGCACGUCCUGCCCCAAAGCCUUCAAGAACUCCUCCAGCCUCCGCCGCCACCGCCACAUCCACACGGGCGAGCGGCCUUACGUCUGCUCCGCCUGCGGCAAGGCCUUCACCCAGUCCACCAACCUCCGCCAACACCAGCGCACCCACACGGGCGAGCGGCCCUACGCCUGUUCCCAUUGCUCCAAGACCUUCACCCAUUCCUCCAACCUCCUCCUCCAUCAGCGAACCCACUCCAGCACCCGGUCCCACAAGUGCCCGGCUUGCCCCAAAGCCUUUGUCUCAGAUGCCUGCUUGCAGAAGCAUCUACAGAGCCAUGCCACGUCCCCGUUGUCACCAUCCCCGUUGUCCCCAUCCCAGUUAUCCCCACCACCGCUGCUCCUGGAGGCGGUGGAGAUGCUUUGGAAAUGCACCGAGUGUCACCUGGCUUUCCCCAGCCAGGAGCAGCUGCUGAGCCACCAACGCAGCCACCCACAGCCAGCAACACCGGGGGACAUCACCGCAACAACCACCCAUCGCUGCCCCACAUGUGGCAAGACCUUCAAGAACAGCUCAGGGUUGGCUCGGCACAGGCACAGCCACGGUGCCGAGCGGCCCUACAAAUGCUCACAGUGCCACAGGAGCUUCGGGCAACUGGCUGGGCUGCUGGGCCACCAGCGAGGUCACUCGGAAACACCACAUCCCCCUCCUGCGACCCCAGCCCCAACGUCAGUACUAUCGGAGCGUCCCUAUCAGUGCACUGAGUGUGGCAAAGCCUUCAAGGGCUCCUCGGGGUUGCGUUACCACAUGCGGGAUCACACAGGCGAGCGGCCCUACAAGUGCUCCGAGUGCCCCAAGGCCUUCAAGCGUUCCUCACUGCUCGCCAUCCACCAGCGGGUGCACACGGGGCUGCGUGCAUUCAAGUGUGCCGAGUGCGGCCUCACCUUCAAGUGGUCCUCGCACUACCAAUACCACCUGAGGCUGCACACGGGUGAGCGGCCCUACGCCUGCCCCGACUGCCCCAAAGCCUUCAAGAACACCUCCUGCCUCCGCCGCCACCGGCAGCUGCACACGGGCGAGCGGCCUCACGCCUGCCCCAUCUGCGGCAAGGCCUUCACCCAGACCUCCAACCUCCGCCAACACCAGCGCACCCACACGGGCGAGCGGCCCUACGCCUGUUCCCACUGCAGCAAGACCUUCACCCAUUCCUCCAACCUCCAGCUGCACCAACGCACCCACUCCAGCGCCCGGCCCCAUCAGUGUCCCCUCUGCCCCAAAGCCUUUGUCAUGGCUUCCUACCUCCAGCGGCAUCUCCGCACCCACGCUGCUGGCCCCAAAGGUUCCCCUCGCCCUAGCCCGACACCGCAGCGUGACGGCCCCGUCCUACAGGCUGCUCUCAGCCUGGAGGUGACGGCUCCUGAUGCUCACACCUUCCUGCUGCUGCAGACACCGCAGGGCCUCCAGCUCAUCCCCAGCUCUCCGCCUGCCCCACAGAAGCUCAUCCUGCUCCCCACGGCCUCCCAACUGCCCCCCAAACACCAAGGGGAGUCCCCGACCCCUGGGCAGAGCCUUCUGCUUGUGCCCAGCACGGGGACCACGCUGCCCACGUUGAGGCUACAGGCAGUCACUGCUGUCCCGCAGGGGAUGGGGACUGGUAUCCUUGUUCUGCAGGGCCUCCCAGAGCAGCCCCUUCACCCAGCAGGCAUCCAGCAGGGACAGGCAGUGGUGGAGGGGGCGGCUGUCAGGCUGCAGGCCAAUGAGGUGACAAAUGUGCAGUUGCAAGCUCUACCACAACCCACAGAUGUCGCCAACAUCCAGGUGCAAGCCACCGAGGUAGCGAAUGUCCAGCUGCAAGCCCUGCCACAGUCCUCAGAUGUCACCAACAUUGAGCUGCAGGCGGCCGAAGUGACAAAUGUCCAUCUCCAAGCUCUGCCACAGCCCUCUGAGGUGCCCAAUGUCCAGCUCCAAGCCUUGCCACAGCCCUUGGAGGUCACCAACAUCCAGCUGCAAGCCCUGCCACGGUCCACAGAUGUCACCGGCGUUGAGCUGCAGGCCACUGAGGUGACAGAUGUUGAGCUGCAAAGCUUGCCGCAACCAUCGGAGGUGACCAGCAUGCAGCUCCAGGCCACCAAGGUGCCCGACGUGCAGCUCCAGACCACAGAGGUGACCAGCGUUCAGCUGCAGGCCACUGAGGUGCCCAACAUCCAGCUCCAAAACCCAGAUGGAACAAAUGUCCAUCUUGACACCGCGGACGUACCCGAUGCCCAUCUUGAAACCAUGGAGGUGCCCAGUGUCCAUCUUGAGACCGCAGAGGUGCCCAGUGUCCAUCUUGAAACCAUGGAGGUGCCCAGUGUCCAUCUGGAGACCACGGAGGUGCCCAGUGUCCAUCUUGAAACCAUGGAGGUGCCCGGUGUCCAUCUUGAGACCAUGGAGGUGCCCAGUGUCCAUCUCCAAACCACUGAGAUGGCCAACAUCCAGCUCCCGGCCACUGAAAUGACCAGUGUUCAUCUCCCAGCCAACGACGCGGCCAACACUCAUCUCCAAGGCACAGAGGUGACCGAUCUCCAUGUUGAGUCCACUGAAGUGCCCAACAUCAAUCUCCAAGCCACAGAUGUGGCCGGUGUCCAUCUCCAAGCCACAGAGGUGGCCAGUGUCCAUCUGGAGACCUCAGAGGUACCCAGCAUCCACCUCCAAGCCACCGAUAUGGCCGACGUCCAUCUCCAAGCCGCUGAGGUGCCCAGCGUCCAUCUUGAUACCAUGGAGGUACCCGACGUCCAUCUUGAGACUGUGGAGGUACCCGAUGUCCAUCUCCAGACCACUGAGGUGACCAGUGUACAGCUUCAAGCCGUGGAGGUGCCCAACAUCCAUCUCCAGACCACCGAGGUGCCCAGUGUCCAUCUCCAGACCACUGAGGUGCCCAACAUCCAGCUCCAGACCCUGGAGGUGCCCCCGGUCCACUUACAGCCCCCAUCGGGAGCCCAACCACCCCCUCCACCCUCUGGGGUGUCUCUUCCAGCAGGCCCAGAGGUGCUGCUGGUACAGGGAGGCCCAGAACCUGCUAUAGGUCUGGGUGUGCUGCAGACAUCUGAAGGGCUUCGCAGCGUCCUGGUGCUGCGGGGGUCCAGUGACCAGUCCCCAGUGCCCACCCUGGCACCCCCAAAAGUCCUGGUCCUACGUGGGGAGCCUCAGCAGGGGGGAGCAAGUGAGGGACCCGCUGUGGUGCAGCUGCUCCCUGGCUCCCCAGCCCCCCGGCUGCCAGCUGUGCAAGGUGUGCAGGUACUGCCGGGGGCGCAGCUCGUUACACCUUCUAAGGGGGAGCACAGACCCCACAGCCACGCCACAGGCCCCUAUAGCCGCCCUAUGGCCCCCACAGUGACCACAUGGCCCCUGUAGUGACACAGCGGCUGCCCCAGGGCCACCGAGAGGCGUCUACUUGGCUCCCCAUAGCUGCUACAACCACUAUAGCCACCCCAUGGAUCCUACAGACACCUUAGGGCCCCUGCAGCCACCCCACUACAUCCCAUGUCCCCCUGCUGGCCACCUUACAUCCCACAAUACCCCAUGGCCAUCUGUUGAAUGCUAUAGACAUCCCACCACACCUUAUGGCCACCACAGCCACCCUACAGGACUCCACAGCCAACUGUUGGCCACCACAGACAUCCCACAACACCUCAUUACCAACCCAUGGCCACCACAGCCACCCCAUAGCUACCUUAUAGUGAUGGUACUGGAACCCAUAGCCAUUUUAUGGCCAUCACCACCACCCUACAGCCCUCAGAGACCUCUUGUUAAUCCCACUGCCACCACAUCCCACCCCAUAGCCACCUUAUGGCCACCACAGCACCCCAUGGCCACCACAUCC